AUGAAUAAACAACAACAACCAAUGGCAACAUCACCUCAACAACAGCAACAACAACAGAAUAUGAUAUACCAACAACAACAAAUGAUGUCUAAACCAUCAGCAAUGGCAACAUCACCUCAACAACAGCAACAACAACAACAACAACAACAAUUACAACAACAACAACAACAACAACAACAACAAGAAUUAUUAAAUUUACAAUCAAAUCUAUUUGAAUGUAGUUUACAUGGUAUAUUGUCAACACCUGUUACAACGUUUGUUCAACGUGUAAAAGGAAUGAUGCGAGGUGAACAACCAAUCUUUUACAAGGAAACUAUAUAUAAAUCGACUGUUCAUUCAUCGGGACCAUCAUGGGCAGAAGGUUCGAUCAUGCCAUCAGAGAUACACAUUCGAACCUUUAAAAAUAGUACCCAUGCACGUUAUGUUGGUGCUCCUCUCUACAAGGACAAAAUCAAUGCAAUGAUUAAAAAUGUUGUUGAUAUUACGGUCACCAAUAAAUUUGUUGGUUUAAUUGAAACUUUAGGUUACAAAAAAGAUUAUGAAUAUUGGGUAGAAGGAGAUUGUUAUAGUACACACUAUUUAUCAUUAUAUUUGGUGACACACAAGAGAGCAAUGCCAGAUGGAAGAAUUGGAGAGAUUGGAACGAAAUCGAAAAUGGUUGAAUUACAAUGUUUGGCAGGUGAAGAAGGUUUUGAUCAAGCCGCUCAUUAUUUAAAUGCCUAUGCUGAAUAUCUUUAUCCAUACGUUGAAUUAAUUAAAUUUGAUCAUAGAAAUUUAAUUCAUGAUAGAUAA